GUCCCGACGCUUCGCGUGAUCUCUGGCGGCGGCUAGUGUGGACGUGCUUCCACGCGCGGGCUGCCUCGCCGGUGUGCCCGCGGAUCGUGUACGACUGCCGCGCGCGCUAUUUUUCGUGGCCCUUCCCUCGAUUUAUUUUCCGUAGUGCGUUUUUCCUUUUCUCUUCUUUUUUUUCUGUGUGUCGACAGCAGCGUAGAGAGGUUCCGGUGACGAACGGGGUGAACAUCGUUUGCUCUCCGCGCACGUCCCGCGUCCGGCUCUCUGUGACAGCGGCCCUCGGCCGGAGUUUUAUGUGCCGAGGUGCUUUCGCCGCGUCUUGGUCGACAGUGCCGACGUCUCCCUGCUGUGGCGGACAGCAGCUCUCCGGGAUCAGCGCAGCCCUCGAGAAGAGCAAGUGGCCGACGAAGUGGCGCGUGAAGAGCUUGGCGACGACGUCUCGUCUUGUACGCUCGAAGCGGGCGACGUCAUUGUCGAGGUCAACGACACCCCCGUGGUCAGCUUCACCACCAAAGAAGUACUCAAAUGCCUGAGGCUGGCCAACGAUGUGGUGACAUUGAAAAUAAAGAAAGGUUGUCAUCUUCCUGGUGCUGUUCCCAGUUUGACCACCCUGCCAUCCAGGAGCGCGUGCGACGUCAGAUGAUGGCGGCCGCGUCGGGUGAGCGGCUCAAGUCGCCGCCGCCGUCGCCGGCGUCGGGCGAUCCUGGCGCGGCGACCCCGCGGCAGAACGGCACCAGCGCAGGCGGGCAGCACGCGGCGUCGGACGAGGCUGGCGGUGACGAGAGCGUGGCCACCACCACCACCACCUCGUCCACGUCGUCGUCCUCGGCGGCGGCGGUGGUUGCGCGCAAGUGCGAGCUGUUCACCAUGACCGGCGACUUGAUCAUCACCAAGGCGAGCAGUACCAAGACGCCCGCGACGCGCACCCAGUCUACGCCGGCGAGCCCCGGGGGCGACCCGCAGCGGGGCACCAAGCGCGAGGCGUCCUCGCUGCAGAGCCCCGUGGCCGAGAAGAAGGGCUCGUUCGGCGUGCGCACCUCGCGCAGCGACGACCACUUGGGCAAGGCGCGCGGCACCGUGGCCGCCGUCAGCAUCGACAUCGAUGACGACGAAAUGGCCUCGUCGCUCAACACGCUGCUCGACACCAAGGACGACCCGCGCGUGCUCUGGACGUACAACGCCGGCAGCGGCUCGUCGGAGGACAACACGGCCACCACCGGUAGCGCGUCUUCCUCCUCGGGCCGGCGCGAGGACAACCUCAGCGAGCUCGAGUGCUGCACGUCCGAGAUGGCGUCGGCGUUCGGCUCCGAGGAAGCGGACCGCGUUCACGCCAGCGAGCUGGACCUCAGCUCGCCCAGCCAGCUGUCGCCGGAGAACGAGGACGGCUUCUCGCGCGAGGAGGACUGGGUCGCCGAGCCGGACCUGAGCGAGUCGCAAUUCCGCCACCCGGCCCUGCUCGACUCGUCGCUGCGCGCGGCCGCCCGAGGCGGGUCGCGCAGGAUGCAACAUUCGCGCUCUAACGGCUCCACCGCGUCGCGCACCGACGCCUCGGAGACGCUCGAGCUGGACUCGCCGCCCUCGGCCCACUCCGGCGGCACGCUCGAGGAGGAGCUGGCGCAGCAGGACGACGCCGCCACGGACGAGGAGUCGGACGCCGAGUCCCUGCGCAGCUUCCACUACAGCCCCAAGGCGGUUGACAUGCCGUCCGCGUCGCGGCUCGCCAAGAGGCUCUACAACCUCGAGGGCUUCAAGAAAUCCGACGUGUCCAGGCACCUGAGCAAAAACAACGAGUUUGCGCGGGUGGUGGCGGAGGAGUACCUGCGCUUCUUCGACUUCACUGGGCGGCCCCUGGACGCGGCGCUUCGAAUGUUCCUGCAUCGGUUCUGCCUCAUCGGCGAAACUCAGGAGCGCGAGCGUGUCCUGGUCCACUUCUCCAAGCGCUACCUCGAUUGCAACCCUGGCGCCUUCAAGUCUCAAGAUGCUGUGCACACACUCACAUGCGCACUAAUGCUCUUGAACACUGACCUUCAUAGUGAGAAUGUUGGCCACAAGAUGACCUGCCUCGAAUUUAUUGAGAAUUUGGCUGAGUUGAACGAGGGUGAGAACUUCCCCAAAGAAGUGCUCAAGGCGCUCUACCUGUCCAUCAAGACGGCACCACUUGAGUGGGCUGUUGACGACUCUGACCAGGAAGGACCAGCGCAAGAUAAUCACACAAAUUCAUCAGAAGUCAGGCCAACUGGAUUUAUUGGACACAAUCCUUUCCUUGAAGUUCCCAAUCCAAAUUGUGCCACUGAAUACAAGAAGGGCUAUGUAAUGCGCAAGUGCUGUUUAGAUCCAGGUGGAAAAAGGACUCCUCUUGGAAAACGUGGAUGGAAAAUGUUCUGUGCGACGCUACGUGAUCUUGUGCUCUAUUUACAUAAGGACGAGCAGGGGUUUAGGAAAAACCAAUUGUACGAAAGCUUGCACAAUUCCAUCAGAAUUCACCACUCUUUGUCAGCAAAGGCAACAGACUACACAAAGAAACAGCACGUCUUCAGGUUACAAACGGCAGAUCAAGCAGAGUACCUCUUUCAAACUGGAGAUGCCAAAGAGCUGCAAAGCUGGGUAGACACUCUCAAUUUUGUGACAGCCAGUUUGUCGGCACCUCCUCUUGCCGGUGCAGUGGGCAGCCAGAAGAGGUUCCAGAGGCCUCUGCUUCCUGUUAGCCAUACCAAGUUCAAUCUGAGAGAGCAAUUGACUGACCACGAGAAUCGCAUUGUGUGGCUCGAGAAGGAGCUUGAGGAACAUGUUGCUAAUGCUCCAGAGAAAGGUGCCAAGUCUAGAACUGUCGCCGAGUUUGUUGAGAAGGAGUCUUUCUUGCAGAGUGAGCUCAAGCGAUACCGCACCUACGCCUACCUGCUGCGCUCCAAGAUGGCGCAGUAUCCUGAGCUUGUACCAGCACUCGUCGAGACAAGCAUUGGCGAAGUGGAUGAGCCAGAGCAGAAUCAUGGUAGCAGCCAUGGCUGUGCCAACAACCCACCACCGCCAUCACCAUCUCGGACUAAGCAGCCUGCACCCUCCCACAAGGCUCUGCCCAGCUCUCCUGCACUUGGCUCAUCCUCACCCACAUUUGCUGCACCAGCAGUGGCCAGUUCGUGUUCUCCCCGAAGCUCCCCAACGGCUGCGCGAAACAAGCGAAUAGCACAAGAUCGUUACAGCUAUCGAACGGCAGUACAGAAGGGUGGUGACCUAGGCACAUAAGGUUCUGUGCAUCACCUAAAUCCUACCAUGGGGCUACAGCAUACAGGAAAGGCGACAUUCAAUCGAAUAAAUAGAAACAGGUGCGCAUAACCAGCCGGUAGUGGGCCUUUUAGAGUUAGCAGCAUUGCAGGCCACAACCAUCGGCUAAAUCUCAAGCAAACAGCACUGCUGGCCAGGUUUUCUGUAAGCUUAGAAAGCUGGUUUGAAACAGGCUGCUACAGGUUGGAAGUGUUGUACCUUAAGACUUACAAAGGAAAACACGUAGUACCUUUUGGUAAAUAUACUGUGUACAUUACUAAUUCCAUGUGCUGCACAUCUGAGGCACUUUAAAAAAGCUGAUUGAUCAGGUUUACCUCCAGCUUUUUUGUAGCUUUUCUUCUUGUUAUUUAUAUAGGAUCUUUCUGUUCUUUUGAAAGAUUUUAUUUUAUGGCACAUAUGCACUCAUUAUGUGUGUGAAUGAAUGUUGUUUGGAGGAUUAUUUUAUUUAGCAUUAUUGUUUUUGAGAGAGUUUUGGGGGGCACUCACUGGUGUUAAUAACUGUACAUAGUAUUUUAUACAUAGAACGUGUUUAUAGUGAGUGCUAUAUUUAAGGUCAAAUCAUGCCAAACUAUGAGUGCAACUCUCUUUAGUAAAACAAUUUUCUCCUCCUUGUAUACUCUAUACCUGUAGCAUGAGGUUGACAGGUACAAUGAAAGAAUCAUCUUGAGACACAAAAUCGGAAGACAGACAGAUGUCAAACGGUGAUAUACUUGUUCCAAAAGACCCAACAAUGUGGCAUGUGAAAUAUCUUAUCACUCUUUGGAGUUUAGAGCAAUGCACAUGAUGUUUCUUCCUUUGUUCUUUAUUUGUCAUUGCUUACACUGAGUGCACGUUACCUCAUUCCAGAAGACAGUUAAAGGCCUUUUAGAACGGCUAACAGGGAACUUGAGGAUUGGGACCAACUUUAGUCUCGUGAACAAGUGACCAGAGUCACAUAGCACCAGGCUCUUAAGUUGGUGUGUGGCAUGCGUUCUGCACAACAACUUAUUUUAAAAAUUGCGCUCUUUUCACUAGGAAGCUUCAAAAUGUAUAUCACCCAAUCCACAGGGGUCGUGACGUUGAGAAGCAUGUUGAGGGACCUUUAAUUGCAUAUUUUGUGAUCAUACAUUACUGAUUUUGCAUCUUGCAUAGACAUGUCAAUUUGAAUCUUACGAGCUGCCUUUUGCUUCCUUUUCUAUUACGUCUUCUUUUUUAAGUUGUGAAUUGUGUGAGAUCGAUGGCAACAGUUAGCCAUCUCGUAUACUUAACUUUGUUGCCACUUUUAAGAUAGUGUUCAAGAUAAAAAAGGAGGUUGCCACUAUCUUCUUGUUUCUUUUUUUGUUUUUUUUUUAUCCUGUUGCCAGUAUUGCCAAGCCAUGAUACACAUUGAGUGCUGCAUGCCUAGAUAUCUAAGGGAGUGUGCCUUGAGCAUUGUAUACCUCGGAAGAUAGGAGAAUGUUCUGUCAGAUUUCAGCACCAACAUUGUGCAAUGAUGCAUCAUUUUACACUCUUCAUGCUCAAAGUGUUUAGUGGGACAUUCUAUGAGCCUAUGUUUAAGCUUUUGGGAUUGUCAGUUGGAUAUCAGCAAAUUUCAUGCUUUCUGCACACUGUUUCUUUUUCUCUACCAUACUUUUGUUUCUUUACUUGAUGCUCUUGUCUAAAGUGACAAACUUUGUAGCAGCUGUGAAUUUUGGGAAUUUCAGAUUGCUAAUAACAAAAAUGCAGAUUCGUUCUCUUAAACUUCACUCCUGCAUCACCAUGACCUAAGCAAAAGCAAGAACAUUGGUAAUGCCAUGGUGCAUACAUGUUUCUUUUACUGCAUAGUGCUUUGUUUGAAAGACCCUGUGUGUGCUUGCACACACAGGGUCUUUGUUUGACUACAUUUGCCAAUGUUUGACUACAUUUGCAAUUAGAAGUUAUGAUUUGUUCAUGUAACUCUUUGGACCAAAUUCACAGCUGCAGUUUUCCUAGGAGCAGUACAGUUCUCUAUCUUUGGUUAUUGAACUGAUCGCCUGCAGUGCAAGGGUUGAGACAAGACAUUUAAUUCUCUCUGGCUGUGUAGCAGUGAGUGGCUGCUUGUGCUUUGCUGCUUCUGUUUUAUUGUGUUUUUAUGUUUCACCAUAUGCCAUUUUGCUGUGCCAUAUGUGAGCAUAAAUUGUGCUGUGCACAGGCAAUAAUUAGCUUGGCACCAUGCCAGCAGUGCCAGUAAGGCAGAAAGACAAAGUGUUCCUGCCAAUGUCCUGUAGUGCCCCCUCUACCUUGCAUGUUUUCAACGCUCGUCUCACAUACUGUGAACUGGCAAGAAAAGCCAGAAACUCAUUGCAAUCAGUGUGAACGACGAGUUUUCCCGCCUAGUCAUCAAUCAACCCUGUUCAUGCAUCGAAUGCUUAGAACAUGUCACUGUCUUCAUUUAUGGUGGAGUUUGAGCAUUAUGACAUGUAUUAAGAGACGUAACUAGUUCCACAGGUAGUGUGGACAGUUGUCAGUGUUGUUCAAUUAUGAGGAACAUGAAAUGGUUGAAGUGCAAACAAAAACCUGACUUUAACAAAAAAAACAUGUGCAAAGUGAGGUGUGAAUUUAUAGGUAUAAAGUGUGUGUUAGACAAGUUCAGAAAAUUGGAAGAUAAAAUUUGUAUGAGCUCGAAAGCUCAAAUGGACGACUGAUUUUUGUUUUUAGGAGCAGUUUGCAAGUGACUGGUAGUACAACAUGAUUUUGUCAUUACUCCAUAUUUACAUUGACAGCUGGUUUAUGUUGGCUAAGCAUGCAGCUGUGGGACAUCAUUGUCAAUGUCAAGGUGAUACUCACUUAACAUUUUGGCCCAAACCACUUAGUAUGCACAGUUUCUUGCUGCAGAUGGUAUUUUAAUGCCGUCUAAAUAAAUUUAGCCUCUCGCU